GUCUCAAACAACAGGUUACAGGAAGAACAACUCCUCCUGGAACUGAGUGGGAUCUGUAAUCUUCACAAAAGACCCUAACACAUUUUAUAUAUAUGAGAUCUUUGAAUUCCAAAUUAACAAUCCUAAAUGGCAUCAAUUUGGACUCUUCAAUUCCAUCCCAUUUCUCUCCAGCCUUCAAUUUGGGUUUCAAAGCAUCAGACCCAUUUGAAUUUUGUGAAACUCAGACCGGAAUUUCGUUUCAUAAGUAGUAGUAGCAAGCAGCUGAACCGGAAAUUUGUACUGGGAGCCAAUUCCGGUUCGCCGAGUGACCCAGAUGAACCGGCGGUUAAGACUCAGACAAUCACCGUCUCUGUAAAAGACCAACUCUCCAAAUUGCACGGAACAAUCAACUCUUUCCCUCCCCUCGUUUUCGUGAUGAAUAGAUAUGGUGGGAGUAAUCUGGCAAUAGGGUUAUGUAUUGCAAUUGCAUUGUUGGUCAUUGCUGUAAGAGUGUAUGCGGCGAGGAAGUUGAGGCACAGAACUCCUGGUUCUGUAGCUGAUCUCGUUAGACGUGGGCAGCUGAGGUCUGAUAGAAGAGGCAUCUCGAGGCCUCUCAAGUAUGAAGACCCGUUCAAUAAUCCGAUGGUGAAGGUUGGGAAGAGCAAUUCGACUGUUGAAAUGUGUGGAAAGGUUUAUCGUUUAGCCCCGGUUACUCUGACGGAAGAGGAACAAGCCAUCCAUCAAAAAAGGAGGUCACGGGCGUACCAGUGGAAGAGGCCAACAGUGUUCCUUAAAGAAGGGGAAUCGGUACCUGCUGAUGUUGAUCCUGAUACAAUUCGGUGGAUUCCUGCUAAUCAUCCUUUUGCAACGACAGCUAGUGACAUUGAUGAAGACUUAGCACAGAAUAAUGUUUAUCAAAAGCAUGGUGUUCCAUUUCGUAUUAAAGCUGAGCAUGAGGCAAUGCAAAGAAAGCUUGAAGCACUACAAAGUGAGCAAAAACUCAAUAAUUUAAUGAUAGAUCCCAGAAAUGCUAAAGAUUUUGAGAGACCAUUCAAGGAACAUCCAAGGUCUCAUGAGCAAGUAGAACAGAGUUCCUUUAAUAAUCAAACCAGUGACUCUAUGCCCCCCACAUCAGACCCUGCCCCAAUUUCAGUUGAAAGCAAUUCAUCCUCAGAGGAAACGCAGAAACUGUAAGUUACAUCUGGCUUCUGGGAAUGCUACUGUCAUCUGUCAAAGAGACUUGUUCUGCAGCAAACAUGGGAUUCCUGAGUUUUACGAAAUACAUAUCCAGAUAUUGGUAUGAAUUUGCUUCUAAGUUUUGAAUUUUAACAACGUCCAUCUCUGAUAUUCAAGUUGAAAAGCGAAGGCUGGAUUGUAAAUAGAAAGUCUACUUAUUUCAGUUUAUUCUACGUAGAUUGCAAUGUUUUUCCAUAGAUAGCCUUACUGCAUAAAAUCUGUUGUACACAUGGUUUCUGUA